UUUUUUGGCCACAGGCAAAGGCACCAUCUAUUUGUUUAAGGUGCAUCCUCAGUAAUGAUAGUACUUUCUAUUUGUUUAAUAUGUGUUUCUCAGUGAGCCAAUAAAGUUAAGGUGCAUGAACCUCUGAUAUAGCAUUUGAUACACUGUACUUUACACAGCACCCAGGAGGAACUCUUGUGUGGGUGUAGGUACGGCUAGAAGGAAGAACCAUGCAUGCUACAUUCAUAUAACCUUUUUCAGAGGUUUAAGAAAUCAAAACUAAUCUGACUUUGAUUGUCUGAAAGAAUUUAUGAUGCUGCUGCUUACUUUUUGCUGUAGGGGGUCGAUGCCUACUUUAGCUGUGCAAUCAUUCCUCAAUAUUAAACCGAGUUUGAUCAAGUACCUUGAAUCUACAAGUAGCAGUGAUUUGACAGGCAAAAGCGGUAGCAAGAACUGCGCUUUCAGCAGUUGUACAGACAUGGGAGAUAUGACAUAGCCAAGGUCUUGGCGCUGAUAUUGACCUCAUAACCCCUGAAUAAAGAAAGAUGCUACCAGAGAUUAGUAAACGAUCUUAAGCAGAAAAAGGUAUCAUUUGCGAAUGAUUAGCACCAGCAAAAAAAAACUGGGGACACAUACAACUAUCUCAAACACCAGGUCUUUCAGUGUUAGUUUCGGAUGCCACCUAAAGCUAGGACUAGAGGCGUCCUUCUCCAAUCCAUGAACUGUCAAUUGGUCUGCACUGCACCAAUGAUGAGGUCGAAGCAAAUCAUGCAUGGUAGUUGCUAAGAUAAGCGGAGCAGAGUUGGUGCUGAUGGCGAACAUCUGGGCCCUUUUCUCAUCAUUAGCGGAGUGGGGGGAAUCUUUCAUCAGUUGGAUCGCACUUGCAUUCUUCACAAGUUCGUCAGGUAUUUGACAUGAUAUGGAAAGAUCAACUUAAUAUUUAGACGUAUAUAAUUCAGGGAACCUUUUAGGCAACUUCACACUCAACUGGCUGUUAGCUAGUUGUUUUCUUUGUUGAGGAAAUACUCCUGAACUCUGCAUGCACAAUGAUAAUGAUGUCACUAAAGUUCCCCACGUUCUUCCAUGUAGGCACAUUCCAAGCUAAUGAAACAUGAUGUCACUGCUGAAGGCAGCUGGUGGCUUUAGAAUGCCACAGUUUUACAUGCUUAACCAGGCAGUAGAAUCAGAACACUCUGAUCAGCUACUGGCUGCUGUCACAUGUGCUCAUACGCUUUUGCCUUAGUUUAUUACAUGUCAAGAACACCAACAUAAAGAAAACCUGCCCACAGACUUAAACAAAAUCGUCGUAUCAAGCCGCUGAUUAGUACGUCCAAACUAACCCGAUGAACACGCUAAUCCAUGCUUAGACACUGGUCCAGCACUCCAGCACUCCAGCCUCCUAUAUAUUGGCAGAGCAGAGAGGAGCAGAAAGCAGAGGCAGAGAAAGGCAGCUGCGUCGACUGGCAAUGGGGGAGCAAGGCAGGCCAAGCAGCAACAGGAUCAGAGACAUCGUGAGGCUGCGACAGCUUCUCAAGAAGUGGAAGCAGAUUGCGCUCUCACCGAAAGCCGGCAAGAGCGGCGGCGGCGGCGGCAGCCACGGUGUCCCGAAGGGGUUCUUCACGGUGUGCGUCGGCAAGGAGAUGGAGAGGUUCGUGAUCCCCACGGAGUACCUGGGCCACUGGGCGUUCGAGGAGCUCCUGAAGGAGGCGGAGGAGGAGUUCGGGUUCCAGCACGAGGGGGCUCUCAGGAUCCCCUGCGACGUGAAGGCGUUCGAGGGCAUCCUGAGGCUGGUGGGCAGGAAGGAUGCGGCGGCUGCGGAUCGCUACUGUUCUUCGCAGCAUGGGAUGAUGAUCUUGUGCAGAUGAUGAGUUUUCUUUCUUUCCCAACAUCUCCUUUUUUAUAUAUUUUAUCCCCCACAUUCUUUGUUCUUGGUGUUCCGUGGAGAAGAGAGGAGGAAGAGUCCACAGAUUGGCAGGAUUUGCGAAAAUUCGUACCAGAGGAUGAAAGGCGGCAUUCACAUUCUUUCCGUGUGAGAUUCUAAAAUUAAGGAUUUGCUCCAAGGAGAUUUUAGUAACAAAUGUCUUCUUCUUUUUUUUCCACUUGAGAAUUCAUUUCCCAUCUUGUUCUUUGUACUUCACCUUUAACUUCUUCUCUUGUAAUCGUUCAGAAGUCGAACAUUGUUCUCGCGCACUAUUUCCUCAGUGAAGUGAACACUGCUUCUGAAUUUUCA